AUGUUCCCUACCAGAAAUCAUAAUCAUCAAGAUGUGAAAGGGAUCAUGACCCUAGCUAUCUAUCAUGGUAUUCAUAGUAUCUGUGCUCAUUUUGUGACACUUUCUUUAACAUUGAAUUUACAUAAAGUCUUUGUUAAAUUAACUGAUCCUAGUCUAAGAGGGAAUACCAAAGAAAUCGAAUUGGUAGAGAAAGGUAGACUUUGGCUUUUGGUUGUGAUUUAUAGUCAUUUACAUGUUGAACUAGUCUUAGUACUUGCACAUGUACAGGAUAAAUUAGAUAGCAGACGAUAUCCAGGUCCGUUACAUGAACGUCGAGCUAAAUAUGUGGCACCUGAAGUUUUUGGUUUAGUGAAGGAAUUGGAUGAUUGGCUUACACAUUGGAGAGAAGAAACACCUGAAUUGUUUUUCGGUCUUAGAAGUCCACAUCAAUUAGAUCCGCAUCUUAAAAUGAAAGGUGAGAGUGGAAAAGAAAUGCAAGAGUUGGGAAUCAAUGUUGAGUAUCAUAAAGUGACAUUAGGAUUAGCUACAGGAUUUAUACUUUGGAUUUCACAAUUAAUACCAGGUUAUAUAAAUUUACAAUCUAAUCGAAAUUUGAUUGGUAGAUUACAUUCGAUUGAUUUUAAUAAGAAUUGUGAAUAUUUAGAUUUGAUUGAAUCAUCAAUUGAAAGGAUUGAUAAAGAUUUAAAAGAUCAUGAAAAGAUGAUUGGAGUGAUUGAGGAUCCGAUGAAUGAUGAAUUGGAUAGAUUGAUGAAUGAUACUAGGUUUUGGUUUAUGAUUGAUUUGGAUCGUGAGUAUUUUGGAUGAAGGUUUGAAAAAAUCAAAGUAAAAAAGUUGGAUUUGGAUCUUUGGUGAUGAAAAAGGAUUUGGGUUUGGAAUUAUUUAUUGGGUCAUGAUUUAUUGAUUUAUUGAAGGUAAAUUAUUUUGAUUCUUUCGAGGAGCGAUCUUUCUUGUGGGGAUUUCUUGGUUUUUUCUUGGGGAUCUUGUAAAAUAGGAUACACAAAACAACAGAAAAAAAAAUCGUUCAUACAUAUUGAUCAAACGGUUGAAGAUUUUUGUUACUUCAUUUCAUUAUAUAUAUCUUUAAUUUAUUUAAUCUUUCAAAAGAGAAUUGGAAUUUGUUUAGUUGAACUCGUUUUUUUUUUCUUGAUUUAUUCGAUUUCUUGUAACAAAAUCAAAGGGUUAGAAUUUAUUUUAUUUUAAUUGAAUUGGAUUGAUUUAUAUUUGUAAAGAGUAUGAGAAAAAGGAUUUGGUUGGUACUGGAU